AUGUCAGUGUUCUCGCUCUCCUCGGAUGCCCAGGCCCAGCCGUUCAAAGGCGAGAAGAUCGAGCCCGACGUCACAUCGGGCCACCUCCACCAUCUUACCCCAGACCAGCAGGCCGCGUUUACCACCUUCAAGGAAAUCAUCGCCAAGGGCCAACUUUACUCCCCAGACAAACCGCACCCGACGCACGAUGACCCGUCUCUGUUGCGGUUUCUGCGUGCUCGCCGCUUCGACGCCCAGAAGGCCAUGAAGCAGUUUGCCGACUCCGAGACCUGGCGCAAGAAGCACAAUGUCGACGCCCUAUAUGCCACGUUCCCGGUAGACGAGUUCGAGGGCGCCCGCCGCUUCUACCCGCGCUGGACGGGGCGCAGAGACAAGAACGGCCUGCCCGUAUAUGUCUACCGCAUCGCCUCCCUCGCCGGGCCCCUGCAGAAAGAACUCAACGCCGUCGCGCCGGAGCGUCGCUACCAGCGAAUCGUGGCGCUUUACGAGACCAUGACCCGUUUCGCGCUACGCCUAUGCACUCACCUGCCGCACCGCACCGCGCCGACGCCCAUCACCUCCGUCACGACAAUCAUCGAUUUGGAGCAAGUCACCCUGCCCGCGCUGUGGUCGCUCCGCUCGCACCUCCAGGAGGCGUCUGCGCUCGCGACCGCGAACUACCCCGAGACGCUAAGCACGAUUGCGGUCGUGAACUCGCCCUCGUUCUUUCCGACUGUCUGGAGUUGGAUUAAGCCCUGGUUCGACGAGGGCACGCGCCGCAAGGUUCACGUCCUCGGGAAGGACCCAGGACCGACGCUGCGCACCCUGAUCGACCCGAAGGAUCUGCCCAAGCCCUACGGCGGCGAGCUCGAGUGGACGUUUGCGGAUGAGCCCGUGCUAGACGACGAAGCGAAGGCCCUCAUAGGUGAGAUGCCGAAGGGGCCAGCCCUCUUCGAGGACGGCGAGGUCCGCCGACCGACGCCUCCGAGCCCUGAAACCACGGACGCCGCUCCGAGCAAGUCCUGA